AUGAAGUGCCGUCCCAUGGGGCAGGACACGUCUAAAUGUGAACGUUGUACCAGAAAAGCCCUCGAUUGUAUUUUCAGGGAGCACCGUCGAGGUCGUAAGCCGGGCACAAAAAUCUUGAAAGCGAAGAAAGUCCCUACCAUCUCACCACAAUCGAUUCCAAGUCUGGAGAGUCCAGCGGCAGCAGGGGCCCAUAUCUCAGAAACUGAAGGCGAUGCGAAUAAUCUACAACCAUCAGGGCUACUCAAUCACGAGGCUCUGGAGGGGAGGUUCUCUCUUGGCAAUAUUCUCAAUGCGGAUCAAGAAACUGUGCCGCGACAGCGAAGCCGGGAUGAGUCACUUGAGGAUCCCAUAGAACUUGGGCUGAUCACUCCAUCCCUAGCGAAGUCUCUGUUUGAUAGCUUCAUAACGGUUCUAAAUCCAUACAUCAGCCAGCUUGAUCCCCAUCUCCAUACGUUUCCUUAUGUUCGUUCAAAGUCUGCGUUUCUCCUAAGUUCCAUGCUAGCCAUGGCAGCAAAAGCCUUCAAUCACGUUCUCUACAUGAAGCUGUACGAUCACGCCCAGGACCUCUUUUCCAAUGUCUUCCGGAGAGGGAGCAAAUCAGUAGAAGUCGUGCAAGCAAUUCUCAUUCUCACCUACUGGAAGGAGCCGCAGGACACAAGAGUCUGGACAUCUGUUGGCUAUGCGAUUCGUAUAUCCACGGCAGAGUCCGAAGUCCAGAAGCGAGAACGACGUAAUAUUGAGAGGACGUGUAUCAGCCUUCAGACUGGACGGCCAUGGAUGAUAGAAUGCAGCGAGUUCAUCGAAGCAAUAGAAGAUUGGUGCGACGACCCUUUAGCAAUCGAAAACGACCAACUUCUGGGAGCUUUCACUACGUUGAGACUCGUCACCUCUUCCGCAUUUCCCCUCCUGGUCACCAAGUCACGGCAACGAUCCUUGUCGCACAGUGAGAGCGCGCCACUUGUCAGCCUAUUAGACAGCCGUAUGGAGAGAUGGGAGAAGAAGUGGACUGAAAAGGUCAAAGCGCAGACUGAACAAUCCUGCCAUGAGUUUCUCAUCCGCUUCUACGGCACACACCUUCGUCUUCAGCUUCAUACCCUACCACUACAUGGCAUUCUCGUCUCCAACAAAUCGACUAUUAACUAUCAUAUUGACACGGUCUGGGUGGCAUAUAGUAGUGCUCUCAACAUGCUGCAGCUAAUAUCACGGUUCCCAGAGCAUGUCUGCUUUGCUCAAGACUCUAUCCAUGUCAUGACAGCUUAUAGUGCUGCGUUUCUCGUCAAGGUUGGUCUACUUCUUUACUUGACUGGACUGUGCUGA